CGUGUAACAGUUUGAUGACAUUUGGAUGAUCAAGUCGGCCCAGAGCUUCAUUUAUUCGGUUGCUUCUCAUCGUGCUCGGCGUUUGGUUAACGAUUUGAUUAUAACCCGGAUCCGGCGGAUUUUCUGGGAUUUGAUUAUUUUCUGCAUCCGGCUGAUUUACUGGGAUCUUAUUAUAAUCUGCAUUCGGCUGAUUUUCUACUACCAUCCGUUUAAUGGCGACAUCCCUGUUGCCAUUCAAUUUACCCAGGAUCGUGUUGGUUGACAUCAAAUCCUUAAGGCAGUUGUCAAGUAACACGUGAAGGAAUAAUUAUGCCAGCCAGCUAUCAAGUAACACGUGAAGGCGGUGCAGUAGACUCAAUUGAAUCAACAAGUGGUGGCUAAACAGUAUCCAAGAAAUUUCUAUUGCCAAGUGCAAUUUCUCCGCUUGAAUUAGUGCCAUCUAGGUGGCCAUUCCGCAGCGACAUGGUGGCAAUUCUUAACACAACCGGAGAUAGAACGCUGUGGGUUUGGUGUUUCAGGAUUCGGUAUGCGGUUACGCUAGUUGCUUCUCAAUUACCAGUCGAGCAUAUCAACAGACAACCCAGGAUUAUAGACACGGAAGGGGUGAAAAAAAAAAAAAUAAACUCCGGGAAAGUGCAAUCGGAAGAACGGUGGUAAACGUCUUGAAAACGUAUAAAUCCCAGGAAAAUGCGUAAUGUUUCGGCCGGUUUCGGAAGCGGCAAAUGGUCUUGAUAUGAUAAAUCUACGAUGGUGGUGCUUAGCGAAUUGAAUGUCAUUCGGAACGUGGAAAAAAAAAGAAUGGAUAUGACUGAUACGAUUGGUGGAUGUGGGUGUAUUUGCAUGUCAGAACAACGAUAAACGCCGUGAUCAUCCUAGACAUACAAACCAUUCCUAUUUCAACUGUGAAAUAAUUAGGACGAUCGACGUUUCACCUUAUCCAGUCAGGACGUUCAUCUAGAGGUGGGUCUUUAUCAUCGCCUGGUGUUUCGGCGUAUUCCUUAUCAGGGUCAGACGGUUUGAUGACAUUUGGAUGCUUAAGUCGGCCCAGAACUUCAUUCAUUCGGUUGCUUCUCUGCUUGGCCGGCAUUUGUCCUGGCAUUUGAUUAUGGUAUGCAUCCGGCUGAUCUUCUGGGAGUUGAUUAUACUUUUCAUCCGGCUGAUCUUCUACUUCAAUCACUUUAAUGGCUACAUUCGUGCUGCCAUUCAACUUACCCAGGAUCGUGUUGAUUGAGAAACAAAUCCUAAACGUAGUUGAUUCUGACGUCUAACCGCAAUAGAUGCGCUUUGGGUUUGUUGUUUCUGAUACGACUAAAAAAAAUUUAGUUUUGAUUAUAUGUGAACAUACGUUCGUAUCAGUAAAAUUAUCUACAGAAGUGAUAAAAAAAACGAACAAGACUUGAUUGUGUAGAAUGGUCUAUGUUCGUUUUUUUUUUUAUCUACAUUUCAUUGGGAUUUUAUAUGCAGCUACACACGACAGUUGCUUAUCAGUUAACAAGCGAGCAUCAAGAGACAACCCAAGAUUCAUGAGUUAUAGACACGGGAAUGGUGAAAAAAAAAUAUACAUUCGCGGGAAAUUGCAAUCGGAAGAACGGUGGUAAACGUCUUAAAAACGUUUAAAUCCCAGGAAAAUGCGUAAUGUUUCGGAAACGGGAAAUGGACUGGUUUUGACACGUUUACGAUGGUGGUGCAUUGCGAGUUGAAUGCCAUUCGGAACGUGGGAUAAAGAGAAUGGAUAUGACUGGUACGGUGGAUGGAUGUGGGUGUAUUUUCAUGUCAGAACAACGAUAAACGCUGUGAGUAGCCUAGACAAACAAACCAUUCCUACUUCAACUGUGAAAUAAUUAGACGAUCGACGUUUCACCUUAGCUAGUCGGGACUUUCAUCUAGAGGUGGGUCUUGAUCAUCGCCUGGUGUUUCGGUGUAUUCCGUAUCAGGUUCAGACAGUUUGAUGACAUUGGGAUGAUCAAGCCGGCCCAGAGCUUCAUUUAUUCGGUUGCUUCUCAUCGUUUUCCGAGCUUCGUUAACAAAUUGAUUAUAACCUGGACUCGGCGGAUUUUCUGGGAUUUGAUUAUUAUCUGCAUCCGGCUGAUUUUCUGGGAUUUUAUUAUAAUCUGCAUUCGGCUGAUUUCUACUACCAUCCGUUUAAUAGCGACAUCCCUGUUGCCAUUCAAUUUACCCAGGAUCGUGUUGGUUGACAAAUAAAUCCUAAACUUAGUUGAUUAUUUGGGCGCACAACCGGAAUACAUGCGCUUUCUGGUUUGAUAUUUCAGGAUGGGAUAUGCGCUUACACACGCCAGUUACUUAUCAGUUAUCAAUCGAGCAUAUCAACAGGCAACCAAAGAUGUACAUUCCGGGAGAAUGCAAUCGCAAGGUCAAUAUGGCUGAUAUUAUUUUGAAGUGGAAGAACGGUGGUAAACGUCUUAAAAACGUAUAAAUCCCAGGAAAAUGCGUAAUGUUUCGGAAGCGGCAAAUGGUGUGACAAAUCUACGAUGGUGGUACAUUGCGAAUUGAAUGCCAUUCGGAACGUGAGAUAAAAAUAAUGGGAUGACCGGUUUCGUAUUCAUAAACAUUUACAUUGAAAACAGCAUGAUAGUUGCAGCUAGGUGUUUUUACGUUUUGUGCUUUUGUUUUUAUGUUCUAAAACCGGAAAUUGUUUAUGGAAAAUAUUUUAUAGGGAUUCAUUUCCGCUAUCGGCGUAGCAAUAAAUGAUCUUGCCCUUGAAUUUUUCCCAUACGUGACGAGUAGAGCAUAUCCCAGCAUAAGGAGUAAGGAGAGCAUAAGGAAGUUCUUCAAGCUGAAAGAGAUGGGAACAUCUAAGUCAGUUGCUUGGCUAACUACACAACACUUCCAUAGCAAAGAAUGAAGUUUAUUUACAUCCUCUUUGCCAUCUCUUGUACUUUGGCCCGUACGCUGACUGAAUCAAAGGGCAAAGCAGUAGGUGGUUUCCGUGAUGUCGCACUGGGCCGCGUCGCUAAAAUAGAUUACGAAGAUGACCCAGCGUCUUUCCGCAAACUCACGCUUGCAGAAAUGGCCCGUGAGUUUGCUGCAUUCGAGGACAGCAACGAAGACAAAGAUGAAGAUGCAAAUUCAACAGUUAGGACGACACGUGUAGGCAAAAAACGAAAAGGUGGACAUGGAAGUCAUUCACAUGAACGCGGCCGCAAAGGCUCCGGAGAACGCGGUCAUUCGCAUAAACAAAAACCAAAAGGCUCUGGCCAUCAUCGCCAUUCGCAUGAACAUAAACAUAAGCAUUCACAUGAACAUGGACAUCAUCGCCACCAUGGAGCUGGACAUCACCACAACGGAAAGCAUUCACAUGAAAGAGGAACUGAGUUAAGCGCCCAUACAACAAGUUUAACACCAACCGUGAUUACUUCAACAACUACUGUACCUACUCCGGGUAAAACACCUACAUCUACUCCAGACACUACACCUACUACAGGCACUACACCUACUACAGGCACUACACCUACUACAGGCACUACACCUACUACAGGCACUACACCUACUACAGGCACUACACCUACUACAGGCACUACACCUACUACAGGCACUACACCUACUACAGGCACUACACCUACUACAGGCACUACACCUACAUCUACAUCUACUCCGGACACUGAGGCGACAACCAUGUCAGACAUGGAUAAGAAAAUUAGCCGGGAACAAGGAGAUAAAACAAGUACAUAGGUUAUUUGGAAAUGACUUUGUGACCAAAAUAAUAGCGCACAAUCAUGUACUUUCCAUUUGUUGCCUUUUGUCAUGUUAACGCACACGAAUGCUUACAACCCAAACAAAAAAUUCUGAUAAAAUUUGCUUGUCACCUGUUACUGUAUGAAAUUGUGGGUUUUCCCAUGUCCUCCCAUUUUUACGUAAGAAAAAACCUUGGCGGAUGAUCAAUAAACCAAUAGGUUCACACAA